UGCCCGGGCAGCCCCGGAGGCGGGAGGCGAGGCCGCGCCCUCCGCGCUGCCCGCGAAAAGAACGGCGCCGGCGGGAACGGAGCGCGGCCAGAGCGGGGCGGCGGCGCGGUGAGAGCGGGGCGGCGGCGGCGCGAAUUUUCUGCCCCGAUGGCGAGGGACGAGCGGGCGACGCUGCUGGAGGUGUGCCAGGCGCUCCCGGAAGACCAACUCCAGAAUCUAAAGUUCCUGCUCGGAGAGCAAAUUCCAGAGGGGCCUCUGCUCCCGGCAUCGCGCCCCGACUUGUGCCGGAUCCUCCUCCAGCACUUCCCGGGGAAUUCCCUGCGUGUGAUCGCCGGGAUCCUGCGGCACCUCGGCCGCCACGACCUCAUCCAGCGUUUUCAGCUGCCCCUGGAUGAGCAAAUCCCGGAGGGAAAUCCCGGGACACCUAACGGAGACAACCCCGGGGUGGGGGGGGACUCCGCUUCAGGAAAUCAUGCUGGAGGGAUUCCAGCUCCACCCGUGAGUUCCCGACGCCUGACAGAGAAGGAAUUGAUGAAAGUCGCCCAAAAAUUGGGAAAAGAGUGGCAGCAGGUGGGAAUUAUGUAUCUAGAGCUGGAGCAGACCCGGCUGGAGCAGAUCCAGGAGGAAAAUCCCGGCAAGCAUGUCCUGUGGAGUUUCGAGAUGCUGCGGGAGUGGCACCGGCGGGAGCGAGAUAACGCCACAGUGUCCAAUCUCCUAGCCUGCAUUGAGCAGGCCCCGGUCGAUCCCAGCAUCCUCGACUACCUCCGGAGCCUCAAGUAGGAUUGAGGGACCCCCAAACUCCAUUUCUGGAGGAGGGGAGUGUGAUAUCAAAUUCAUAUAAAAUUGAAACCAUUAAAUGCUGUUUUAUUCCAUGAGUGUGGAGUUUUGGGAUCAAGUGCCGAGAUCGUCCAUCUUUACUCCUGAUUUAAAGAUCCCAGAAGGAAGUCCAGGCUCUGCUCCACUUCCUCAGGGAUGGACGCAGCAGGUUUUGCAGUACUCUCCCAAGAGUUUCUCGGGUGCUGACAGAUCGUCUUCCAUACAAAUUCCAACCUCUGGAGCUUCAAGAAGUCAUGGAAAUGUCAGGAGAGUCACAAGGCCACUUCAUCCUGAUCCCAGAAUCCACAACCUCCUCUGGAGCUUCCAAAACCCUACAUUCCAAACCCCAUUUUGAGGGUGGGGUUAUAUCAAAUUAUUAUCAGAUCAGGCCCAUUAAAUGCUGUUUUAUUCUGUAA